AUGAGGAGACGUUGGAAUCGUUUAAUUAGUUUAAAUAGAUCCCGAGAAUUUGAUGUCCGGGAUGUAUCCGCUGAAACUCUUAGAGAACCGGCCAAUGAUUGUAUGGUACAACCGGACAUUUCAAGUCUUUUGCCGGUGCGCGCGAGUACCCCAAGGCUUGAUUCGCCGAGUUUAGAUAAUGAAUUUUAUCGCCCUGAGGUAAUCAAUGCUGUUAGCCUGCCGUCAGUUGAAUCAUCUGAAAUUUCAUAUCUAUCGUUAAAAUUAGCCUCCGACCUGAUUCCGCGCUUUGACGGGAAACCUGGUUCUCUACUUAAAUUCACUAAACAGUGCCAACUUAUCGAUUCCCGAGUUAAACCUUCCGACCGUGGAAAUUUAUUAACUAUAAUUCGCAAUAAGAUCGAAGGUCCUGCGGAUAUUUUAAUUUCAAAUCGUCCAGAACCAACAACAGUAAGCGAGAUCAUUGGCCUGUUAAAGAAAGUGUAUGCUCGGUCUUUCGACGUUGAUCAGAUUCACGGCGAACUGAGGGGUUUGCAACAAGGGAUAUACGAGUCGGUAGAGUUUUAUGGGGCUCGGGGCCGUGAAAUUUUGAGCCGAGGGUUAGAAGCAGCUAAAGAAAAAUUUAACUCCGAACAGCUAAUAGGAGCCGCGGCUUUAUUAAAUCAGUCAGCCGUCACAAACUUUAAACGUGGUCUUCAGAAUCAAAAUUUGAGACUUUUUAUUUCGAAUGAACCGGAUAAAACAUUUGAUGAUAUAGUUAGUAUCGCGAGUAGAUUGGAACAAGAAAUGGCAGACCCCGUAAAGCAAUUUUCAUCGUCAAAUGUUCGGGUUGCUACCGCUAGUAUCAGCAAUAUUAAAUGUUAUAAUUGUGAUCAGGAAGGCCAUUACCGUUACAAUUGUCCUCAACUAAAAAAGAAUUUUCAUAAUCCAUCGGCUCCUGAAAGGUUAAGAUGUGAUCAUCGAAUUUUCGGUAUUGGCGUUAAAUUCCAGAUCGUCAACGAUGAGUUUCCGAUCUCGGGAAUAGGAAUUUUGGGUAUUCCAUUUUUGGAGCAGCAACAAGCGAUAUUAACAUUCAAGGACGUUGUGGCUAAUAGUCUUCGGGUUGGGGGGCAGGAAUUGCCUCUUCAUACAGGGGUUUCAGUUAGUUUACCACCUCGCAUGAAAACUCUCCUAACCGUCCCUGUUAGAAAUAUUGAAAGACAAGAGGGUUAUAUAAGGAAGUUAGAUACACAGCCGGGUGUUUACGUAGGUGAAGUACUGGUCUCGCAAGAGAAUGGAUUUGUUAGGAUAUUCGCUAUUAAUACUACUCACGAUAGUGUGACUCUUUCAAUACCCCCCGUUGAAUUAGAAGAGUUUAUUGAAAUUCCUCCUUCGCCGCGUUCGGCUCGGACGGGAAAUCCAAAUAAGGGUCGGUCCAAAGCCGAUGCUACUAGGCUCGUUCAAUUGGCGAAGCUUCUCGAUAUGCAGGGUUUGAGCGAUUCUGAACAGGCUAGUAUUUUAAAAAUCGUGAAUGAAUUUCCGUAUCAAUUUUAUCUGCCUUCGGAUAAAUUAAAUUCCACUAGUACAAUCAAACAUAAAAUAGUGACUACGGAUGAAAUACCUAUAAAUACGAAACAGUAUCGGUUUCCACUAGUUCACAAAGAGGAAAUACAAAAACAGAUAGACUCACUGCUUGAAAAUAGGAUAAUUCAGCCAUCUGCUUCUCCUUAUAAUUCGCCUGUUUGGGUUGUACCUAAAAAACCUGGCCCUGAUGGUAAGCCUCGCUGGCGCAUGGUGAUAGAUUACCGUAAGUUAAAUGAGAAGACUAUCAAUGAUGCGUAUCCUCUCCCUAAUAUUUUGGAUAUCUUGGAUCAAUUGGGGGCCGCCAAGUAUUUUAGUACCCUCGAUCUUGCCUCUGGUUUCCAUCAGGUCCCCAUACAUCCGGAUUCUAAAUCCAAGACCGCUUUCUCAACUGUUAAUGGGCAUUAUGAAUUUAAUAAUAUGCCCUUCGGGCUUAAAAAUGCUCCAGCCACGUUUCAGAGGUGCAUGGAUUUGGUUUUGGUUGGUUUACAAGGAGUCGAGCUUUUUGUAUAUAUGGACGACAUCGUCAUAUAUGCUGAUUCUUUGGAAGAGCAUACUCGUAAAUUGAGAAUUCUCUUGGCUCGGUUGCAGAAUGCCGGUUUAACGUUACAACCCGAGAAAUGUCGAUUCUUGCGACGAGAAGUUGCCUAUUUGGGUCACGUUAUCUCUGCCAAAGGAGUGAAACCAGACCCCGGGAAGAUCACGGCUGUUAAGUCAUUUCCUAUUCCAAAAACCAGGAAGAAUGUUAAACAGUUUCUGGGGUUAGUUGGUUAUUAUCGACGUUUUAUCCCUCAUAUGGCAAAAAUUGCUAAACCUCUGACACGAUUGUUGAAGGCAGAAGUACCUUUUGUCUGGGGUAAAGAUGUCAAAUUCGCUUUCGAGAGUUUACGUGAUAUCAUUUGUUCGGAGCCGUUGCUCCAAUUUCCCAACUUUCAACAGCCAUUCCUCGUAACAACUGAUGCUUCUAAUUAUGCAGUCGGAGCUGUAUUGAGUCAGGGUCAGAUCGGAAAAGAUCUCCCAAUCGCGUAUGCAUCUCGGACCCUUAAUGACGCUGAAAAUAAUUAUUCCACCAUUGAAAAAGAAUUAUUAGCGAUUUUAUUUGCAAUUGAACAUUUUCGACCGUAUUUGUAUGGCCACAAAUUUAUUUUAGUCACUGACCAUCGACCGCUGAUUUGGCUGCACAAUGUAAAAGAUCCCACUUCCCGUAUCAUGAGAUGGCGUAUUAGAUUAAACGAAUACGAUUAUGAGAUGGUCUAUAAACCUGGGAAAAUCAAUUCCAAUGCAGAUGCAUUAUCCCGAAAUCCUGUUCUUGUCGAUUCUCAAAAUAUCUUUCCUUUUCCAUCUAAGUGCUUGACAAUUCAUACCGAGACUGAAAGUACGGACGCCUCCCCUCCAAGGCGUUUGCAAAGGGUUGUCGUAGGCGCCGACGAUUUGCCAAUUGCAAUCUCUAAGGAGGUCGGGGACAUUGACGUUGACGGUUCUAUGGGAGACGAAAAUGAACGUUUAGUUGCGGGAGUUUUUCUUGUGGAUAGUGAACUUAGUAGUGGGUGUAAUGAGACUGAUAACGAAACAAAUCAUUCGGGUUCGGACUCAAAUGAUAGUGACGAGUAUCAUACGGCAGAUGAGGAAGAGACAUUUCCUUCCAUAGAAGCAUCUCUCCAGGGAGGAAAAUCCUCUAAAGACUUAAAUACUAACGUAAUGAGUGGAGGAUCGCUCCGCAGAGGUACGGAGGACAUGUUUCGACUCGGGAGUCUGUCGGACAUCGGAAAGGCCGACUUUGAAGGCACCCCGCCACAGGCACCGUUAGGGGCUGUCUCUGUAUCUCAGGGUAAAAGUGCUCUGCCAGAAAUUGGCAACAAGAGCCCCCGUUUCGUGUCGAAAGCGGAGACUCGGCACCUUCUUAUUCCCGACUCAUUUCGUGGCACUGGCUGUGCGCAGACCAGUUUAUCCCGGAUGAGGUUGUGGCGGAGUGUGGGCGAGUCUGGUGCUUCAGGAAUGACAGAAUCAGGUUCAAAGUUCUCUUGA